AUGCGCUUCAGUGGUUCAAGCCCGCACAAUCUUACCGACUCUCUGACUACUUACACUGGUCGCGCAAAGAUGGAUCUAUCCCAUUUAACACGGCCUGGCAUUUUGUGUCAGUGUAUUCGGUGCUCUAGCUCACUGGCUGCACUGGAGAACGAAUGGGCCAAACUAUCUAAUGCCUACUCAAUCCCCACCGCAUGGCUCAGCGUUGACCUCCAUCGUAUCGCCGUUUCUUCGGAGCGGAAGCAAAUCCCCCAUACAUCGGAUAUGACACUUUUACGUGGCCGUGUCAUUCAGGAAGUCUCGUGUAAACUCUGUCAGCAACGGAUGGGAGUACUUUGUCCACUUGACAACGGGAUGAACAUUCUGUGGAAAAUGUCAAAAGUUGCUUUUAGAGAGAUCGUUACCAUGAGGACGGUCCAGCCCGUAUUCAAACAGGGGGCCCUCGAACGACUGAUUUGUCCCCCUAAAGAACCUCCGCGCCGAAACCCCGACCUCGUCCAGGGCAGUGCACUGGUGCCAGCUGGCUGCACUGACCCCACUACCCUCGAUCCAUCCAUGCAAAAACAAAUGCUUCACCAGGGUCGAAGCAUCGAUCAGAUUUCGAACUCAGUGAACCACCUCCAAGACACAAUGGCAGAUCUCAAACAGUCAUUCACAGCACUUCGAAUCGAGUUGAACGGACCAAGCCGAAACCUGGGGGAAGGUUCUGUACUCCAGGGACAUGACUUUGACAUGAUCGCGAUGGUUCUGAAGGAGCUCAAGUCCAAGUCCGACGAGAUCGAGAAACUGAAGUUGGAGAUUGAGGCCCUGAAACUGAAGAAUCGCUACAUGGGAGUGACCAUACCACAUCAACAAGAAUCAUUGUCGACCAUGAGCAUGAACGCUGCGCUUCCUGAAGUUCGGAGCCCCGGCUUGCUCCAAGCGGGCCGGAAACGCGGCUGGCCUGACGCAUUCCCGGGCGAUCGCGGUCACACCAUCCCGGACUCCUUCGACGAGGAUGAUAUGGUGGAUGAAAUGUCGCUAUCAGAUCCGCCGUUGUAUAACUCGCGCGUUCCUCUUAAUGACCUACGUCAAUCUGCAAUUACCACUAGCCAACCGGCAGAAGAGCAGUCGAGGUCCCUAGAGGUGCAGAUGCCUCCUCAAGAGCCUCAGAAUGUCUCUAGCUCCCUUCAAACACAACCCUACAGUCUUCCACAAACCGCAGCCAAACGCCCGAGACUAGGUGCGCCAGCUGAAGAUGUGCCCCCAACAGCCCCACCGCAGCUGCAAGCUGUUCCUCAGAAAAGACCACCUGGCAGACCGAGGAAAUCAAUAAGUCAUCCAACCCUCCUCGAUACCACUGAAUCACCCAGUACGGCCCCUUCUAGUACGCAUGGGGAUUUUGAAUCAAACGGACAACCAAACACAGUCCGACGUCGCGCCUCUCGUCGCAGCUUGCGUGCACAAUCCCUUGGGGCUAAUACCGACGACAAAGAUAGUCAAGAGGACCAGCAGAAGUCACAAGAAUCACCCAGACCUCCUCCUGGGAUGCACCCAGCGCCCAACAAAAAGAGCAAGCGUAAUACCGGCUCGCCCAACGGAAAACGAACUGGAGGUCCAGAUGAUGACGGAGAUGAGGCUGCUAUGAAUGAGAAGCGGAAAGCUAAGGUUGCGGCGCGGGACGUCAUGGCCAGGAUGGCUUUACAGCACGAGGAGGCUCUGGAGGCCCAGAAUGCACAAUAA